UUGUGGUAGCUGUUGAUAAUCUUGCCCGAGUACUUCCAAAUGUUUUGUCAGGAUAAAAUUUCGUUUAACCAUCUGGUGAAGUUAUAUGAUCCUUUGGGCAAAAAAUUUGAAAUUUUUGUGGAUACAGAUGAGGGUGGAAGGAUGGUGUUAUUUGGAUUUUGUCAGUAUGUUGCAUACUACGAGUUCGUUUCUCCUUGUUUCCUACAUUUAAAUUAUGUAGGAAACAAUGUCUUUGUUCACAGGAUCUUCUCGGUGGAAGGAGUUGAAAUUGAUUAUAGUAGAGAUUUGCAGGCUGGUGGUAGCAACCAACUUGAAGUUGGUUCUGUUGAUUGUGAGAAAAUAUUAAGUUCUUAUGAUGUUCAUUCAUCUUCUUUGUAUCUGGAUUCAAAAUUUGUGAAAGAAGGCUUGGUGAAAGGGAGAAAAAACUAUGUUCUGACGAAUGGCCAUGCACAAUUCUGGAACUGCAAGAUUCGAUGGACAGGCAGGAGUUCAUUUGAAUGUUAUCUGACUUGUGGUUGGAAGAAAUACUGUCAAGAGAAUGGGUUGGUUGCGGGAGAUCGUGUUAGAUUUAUGGUGCAGACUGACCAAAGCAACGUCAUCCAAAUUCUGAAGAUUUAGCAUGUAUAUGUAUUUGUAGUUAUUUUGGUCUGUAAAACGAAUGUAUGGCACGU